AAAUCUUCGAACCCUAGUUUUCAUUAUCACUCCGCAUUCUCGCUCUAUCGCUCAGUCUGUUUAGUUGCGGCUGAGGAUUUCUGAACGAGCGACCUUCGUUCCUCGCAAAGUUUAAGUCAUCAUGGGUAAGGAAAAGGUUCACAUUAACAUUGUCGUCAUUGGACAUGUCGACUCUGGAAAGUCAACCACCACCGGUCACUUGAUCUACAAGCUUGGAGGUAUUGACAAGCGUGUGAUUGAGAGGUUCGAGAAGGAAGCUGCUGAGAUGAACAAGAGGUCAUUCAAGUACGCCUGGGUGCUCGACAAGCUUAAGGCUGAGCGUGAAAGAGGAAUUACCAUUGAUAUUGCUCUGUGGAAAUUCGAGACCACCAAGUACUACUGCACAGUCAUUGAUGCUCCUGGACAUCGUGACUUUAUCAAGAACAUGAUCACUGGAACCUCCCAGGCUGAUUGUGCUGUCCUUAUCAUUGAUUCCACUACUGGUGGUUUUGAAGCUGGUAUUUCCAAGGAUGGACAAACCCGUGAGCAUGCUCUGCUUGCCUUUACACUUGGUGUCAAGCAAAUGAUCUGUUGCUGUAACAAGAUGGAUGCCACCACACCCAAGUACUCUAAGGCUAGGUAUGAUGAAAUUGUUAAGGAAGUCUCUUCCUACUUGAAGAAGGUUGGUUACAACCCAGACAAGAUUCCAUUUGUUCCCAUCUCUGGAUUUGAGGGUGACAACAUGAUUGAGAGGUCCACCAACCUUGACUGGUACAAGGGACCAACCCUCCUUGAGGCUCUUGACCAAAUCAACGAGCCCAAGAGGCCCACAGACAAGCCCCUCAGGCUUCCAUUGCAGGACGUCUACAAGAUUGGUGGUAUUGGUACCGUGCCAGUUGGAAGAGUUGAGACCGGUGUCUUGAAGCCCGGUAUGGUGGUGACUUUUGGUCCCACUGGGCUGACAACUGAAGUUAAGUCUGUGGAGAUGCACCACGAGGCUCUCCAAGAGGCUCUUCCAGGUGACAAUGUCGGCUUCAAUGUGAAGAACGUUGCAGUCAAGGAUCUCAAGCGUGGUUUCGUUGCAUCCAACUCCAAGGAUGACCCUGCAAAGGAAGCUGCCAACUUCACAUCCCAGGUCAUUAUCAUGAACCAUCCUGGCCAGAUUGGUAACGGAUACGCACCAGUGCUCGAUUGCCACACCUCUCACAUUGCUGUCAAGUUUGCUGAGCUCGUGACCAAGAUCGACAGGCGAUCUGGUAAGGAGCUCGAGAAGGAGCCCAAGUUCUUGAAGAAUGGUGAUGCAGGUUUCGUUAAGAUGGUUCCAACCAAGCCCAUGGUGGUGGAGACUUUCUCUGAGUACCCUCCUCUUGGUCGUUUUGCCGUGAGGGACAUGCGUCAAACCGUGGCUGUUGGAGUCAUCAAGAGUGUUGAGAAGAAAGACCCAACCGGCGCCAAGGUCACCAAGGCUGCCCAGAAGAAGAAAUGAUUGCUUGUGUGUGAUCAUGUUCAUGGUUACAGAAAAACCUUGUUCUCCCUUUAUAGUAGUUUAUCAUUGCAGAGUCUUAGGUGUUUGUUUUAUUUUCAAGUUUCUGCCGAUUUCUUGUAGCCAUAGGUUUCAAAACUGGGUUCUUGAUCGGCGGUGGUGAAUUUUCAUUGCAGUUGUUUUUGGGAGUUCUGUUUUUGUUUCGAUGUAAGAGUCUUCCAUUUUCGCAAAGCAGCUAUAGGGUUUUAGUUUAUUCCUUUGCUGCUGAGGAUGUUUUAAUUGCAUUUAAUUCAUAAGAAAGUUUUGUCAACUCUAUGCAUUAUUUCCUUUUUUAAUUUAUUUGAAAUGA